CAGUUAAACUUAUAUUCUUGAAAAAUGGAAAAUAAGUUACCUAUCAUUGAUUUCUCGCCUAUUUUCAGCAAAUGUUUGACAAGUGAAGCGUUAUGGCAGCAUUUUGAAAACGACAAAGAAGUUCAAGAAAUUAUCAAAAACUUUCGCGAUGGUUUUUGCACUUGGGGGUUUAUAUACGUCAAAGGACAUGGCAUUGACGAAUCCGAUAUAAAAACUGUUAAUAAAAAGGCAAAACAGUUUUUUAAUUUUCCUUUAAAUUUCAAAAAUAAUUACUUCCGUGGCAAUGGAAUUGCUUUAGGUUAUGUUCCUGUUAACGGCGAAAAGUUUACAGACAAACGACCAUUUGACAUUAAAGAAGCUUUGGACUAUUUACCAAACUCAACCUUGUCGAAAAACAUGUACACAAGGCUUCCAGACUUCGUUAACACUUUAAAUGAGUUUUUUGAUAAGUCCAGCAAUUUAGUUAAUAUUAUUUUGCGGGUGCUUGCGGUGGCACUGGGGUUAAAUACUGAGCAUUUUGUGAAGUUGCAUUCAAGUAUGGGUAAUCACAGCAAAAAUGGUACUACGAUGCGGCUGUUAUACUAUCCAGAGGUAAUUAAAACUAUAUCUAAAGAACAACUUCGUUGCAGUGAACACACAGACUACGGAACUUUAACAAUGUUGUUUCAAGAUGCGGUUGGAGGACUUGAGGUGCUCUCACCAUUUGGUGAAUUUGUUCCAGUAACUCCUAUUCCUGGUACCGUUGUUAUAAAUGGUGGUGAUUUACUUGAAGCAUGGAGCAACGGAAAGUUUAAAGCUACAUUACACAAAGUUUCAUUGACAUCUUCAGCAUCACCAAGACAGUCCAUUGCUUUUUUCACACACCCAAACUACGAUACAGACAUUACAUAUGUUGAUGAAUUUGGUAUUAAGCAUACAAGAAAUGCUCGCGAACACCUUGAAAAAAGAUUUUCAACAACUAUAUAUUAAUUUAAAGCUUUAUAUAAAAUCUAUUGAUAUUAAUCCAAGUUUGUAGCUAAAGUUUGUUUAGUUUUUACAGUGUUAGUAAAGAUGUUACAGUUUGUGUCACCAGUGUGACCAGUAUUACAGUUUGUAAUUUAGUUUUUGUAUUGAUGUUAUUGUCAUUAAAGGUGUUAUUCUGAUUAAAAGUGUUUUAGUGUUUAAAGGUAUUUUAGUGUUUGUGAAAGUGUUAAAAUGUUUGAUGUUGUAAUUGUGUAAAGAGCUUUGGUGUUUUUUAUUAGUUUGCUAACGAAAUUGAUUUGACGUUGAAACUUUAUAUAUUUACAAUGUUGUUGGUUUUAUAUUUUUGCUUUUGUUAUGACUGUGAUUUCGGUCU